AAAAACAUUUCUUGUAAUCUUAUCUCCGGGUUAACUAGGAGAUGCGACAAUUCGUGUUGUUUAUAAUACCUAAUCAAGACUUUAUUUAGUAUAUAAGAGUUGACAACUGAGGACAAAAAUAUACCAAGUUCGGUCUUCAAAGUAGACAGAUACAAACGAAUACAAAAUGAACAAGUAUAUGAUUUUAGCUGUCCUCCUGGUAGGCGCUGUCCUCGUUCAGGGCAAAAAAGAAGACUCCAGCAGCUCAUCUGAAGAAAAUGUCAGAGAAGUAGCAGAAUUAUUGAACAAGAAAUUCAACACCACCCUUCUUCUUGAUGUUAUCAAAAUGGCCGAAAAAGCUAAAGCAAAAUGUCCAGACUUGGAAGAAAAACUUGACGAUAUUUCCGGAAAAAUUGAAAAAUGCGUUGACGAAAUCGAACUUGGAUCAGAAACUUUCUGCUCUCUCGUCAAGAACAACUUGGCUAGAUGUUCCAAACCAGCCAUCGAUCUAAUUGCCUCCUGUUUACCAGAGGAAUCCAAAGACCUUCCUGUAUUGGCCCAGAAAAUCAUUGUUGCCGUAGUAAAACAAGCAUGCAGUUCCACUGUUGAAGAAAUUUUGGAAUUGUUGAACCCAUGUGCCCUUGAAAAGGACUUCGCUUCUUUCCCAGCUUGCAGAGAAAUCAAAACCGUUAUCGACGAACACAGAAACAAACUUCCAUCGAAAUCACUCAUCUGCUCAACUCUCCCCAAGAUCAGGAACUGCGCCAAAGCUCACAUUGAAGCUUCCUGCCAAAACACAGUCACCAGACAAGCUGCCUUGAAAUUCCACGAUGCUAUCGAUGCUGCCCUUAAAGACGACUGUGAUGCCCUUAACAAAGCCUAAAUCAUUUAUGACAAAAUGCUCCAAAAAAUUAAUAAAAUAUUUUUAUAGUUAA